AUGUCCUCGACAGCUACCGACUCUCGUCAGUACUUCUCUGCUCCUUACUCCAUGACGCCUUGGAUGGUACGAAAGCAGCAGAUUAUAGAGAAGCACGGCUGGCCCAAGGUGGCCAAGUCCCAUCCAGACCUAGUCAUGAACGUUUCAUGGGAGACAAUCGAGGCAGAGCAGCGUAAAUACAACUUGGUCUAUAUGGGGCCAGACUUUCCCAAGGUCGCCGAGUCUGGUUACGACGAUCAACAAGGCGCCGGGUUCCACUUUGUGCUUGACACCAUCCCCACUGCCCAGCAGGUUGCUUUCUGGCAACAGACGUUUAGCAGCUACUUUGAUCCCCAAGGCGGUAAGUGGUCGAGCGGAUAA